CACGUUUUAGUAAACGGGAGCUUUUACUUUGAAAGGUGAAAGCGGAAGCGCUGCCUCCCUCUCAGCGCCUCGCUUCACCCUGGUGCCGCUCAGACUGCUCCUGUCAUUGACUGGGGUGUUGGACAGAAAGGCCAAAUGAUCCAGUGAACGGGCCGAGGAGUCCAGCACAGCAUGGACCGCUGCCCGCCAUAGUUAGUGCGGCUUUUAGUUCUUGUUUUACUUUCUACACUCGGGCCUCUUUUAUCGGCUGAAAGUUCUUUUCGCCCUGUGUUUCGCGCUGUGGGAGAGAGAAAAAAAAGAGAAAAACAGACGACAAUGGAUCGAGUGAAAAGCUCCAUGCAGCAAGUACCCAACGCUAUCCCCAAAGUGAUCCGACGGACCGGAGGGGCCAACAGCCUGGAGCUGGAGAAGGAGAACUUUGAGCGGGGGCAGGCUGUCAGCAUCAAUAAGGCCAUCAACACACAGGAGGUCGCUGUCAAAGAGAAGCAUGCCAGGACCUGCAUCUUGGGGACCCAUCAUGAGAAGGGCGCCCACACUUUCUGGGCGGCGGUCAACCGGCUUCCUCUCUCCAGCAACGCGGUGCUCUGCUGGAAGUUCUGCCACGUCUUCCACAAGCUGCUGCGAGACGGCCAUCCGAACGUGAUAAAGGACUCCAUGAGGAACAAGGCUGAUCUAACUGAUAUGAGCAGGAUGUGGGGUCACCUGAGUGAAGGCUAUGGGAAGCUGUGCAGCAUCUACCUCAAACUGCUCAUCACCAAAAUGGAGUUUCACAUCAAAAACCCUCGUUUUCCCGGCAACCUGCAGAUGUCGAACAGGCAGCUUGACGAGGCGGGAGAGAACGACGUUAACAACUUCUUCCAGUUGACGGUGGAGAUGUUUGACUACCUGGAGUGCGAGCUCAACCUCUUUCUGGGUGUGUUCAGCUCCUUAGACAUGUCUCGGUCGGUGUCGGUGACGGCGGCAGGUCAGUGCCGGCUGGCCCCCCUCAUCCAGGUCAUCCUCGACAGCAGCCACCUGUACGACUACACCGUCAAGCUGCUGUUCAAGCUGCACUCCUGCCUUCCAGCAGACACUCUCCAGGGCCACAGAGAUCGCUUCCAGGAACAGUUUAAGAAGCUAAAGAGUUUGUUCUAUCGCUCCAGUAACUUGCAGUAUUUCAAGAGGCUGAUUCAGAUCCCACAGUUGCCUGAGAACCCUCCCAACUUCCUGCGCGCGUCGGCUCUGUCGGAGCACAUCAGCCCCGUGGUCGUGAUCCCCGCCGAGUCGUCGUCCCCGGAGUCGGAGCACGUGGUGGAGACGGAAGACCUGGUGGACACAGACGUCCCCGCGCUGCCGGCUGCUGUGGAGACCACGUUCGACGACCUGUUUGGCACCUCGGCGGCUAUAGACCCCUUCAACUUCAACAGUCAGAACGGCAUGAGGAAGGACGACAAAGACCGUCUGAUCGAACAGCUGACGAGGGAGAUCGAGGCCCUCAAAGAAGAGCUUGAGUCUUUCAGGCUGGAGAGUGGUCGCUUGUGUCAGGCGCUGAGGGGGCGUGUCAGCGAGCUGGAGGCGGAGCUGGCGGAGCAGAGCCACCUGAGGCUGCAGGCUGCGGGGGAGAGCGAGUUCCUGAAGGCGGAGCUGGAGGACCUGCGGAGGGUCAGAGAGGACACGGAGAAGGAGCAGCGGAGCCUGACAGAGAUAGAGAAAAAAGCUCAGGCCAACGAGCAGCGCUACACCAAACUGAAGGAGAAGUACACGGAGCUUGUUCAGAGUCAUGCAGACCUGCUGAGGAAGAAUGCAGAGGUGACCCGACAGAUGACGGUGGCUCGGGCGGCUCAGGAUGAAGUGGAGGAGGUGAGGAGGGAGAUGCAAGAGAAGGUGAAGGCCGCUCAGGAGGUCGCAGACAGACAGGAGAGGGAACAACUGCAUCAGCUCCAGGAGCUCCAGAGGGAGCUGGUGUCCAACAGGGUGGAGCUGGAGUCCCUGAAGACCACCAUGGCCUCGUCACAGCAGGCUUCCAGUGAGGUGCUGAGCUCGCAGCUGGUCACCCUGGAGACAGAGAAGGCGGAGCUGGUGCAGUCCUUGUCGAAGGUAGAGGCGGAGCUGGCCGUACGAGGGGAGGAGCUAGAGCGAGUCCAGAGCUCGCUGGCGACCGAGCGGGAGAGCGGCGUGAAGACGGCGGAAGCCCUGCAGAACCAGCUCAAUGAAAAGGAGAGCAGGGAGCAGGCCCUUGAGAGUCAGCUGGUCACAGCUCGCUGGUCCAGUCUGCAGGGAGCUGUGGAGGAGGCGGAGAAGAUCAUCCAGGACUCGCUGGCUCAGAUAGACGACCCGGCACACAUCAGCUGCACCAGCUCCGCGGACUACCUGGCAUCCAGAUGUCAGGCCUCUUUGGACUGUAUGGAGAGACUCCAGUCGGCCAGAGAGGCCUUCCUGGCUGACAACACGGGUGUGUCUGAUCUGGUGCGAGUGGUCACCCAGUGUGGCCACCUGGUGGGCGACACCAUCGUCCAGGGUAGUGCCACCUCCCACAUGGUGCCUGUGGAGCAGGCUGAUGCCCUGUCAGAGAGUGUGAAGGCGUGUGGGGCUGAAGCUCUGGCUCUGCUGGGCCAGAUGAAGCAGCAGGACAGCCUGGCUGCAGCAGACAAUGGCAAGCUGAGGGCAGCACUGGAGGCUAUCCUGGCCACCGCAGAGAAACUGCGUCCUCGGGGUUUGGAGCUGCAGCAGGGGGAGCUGGGAGAUCUCGUGGAGCAGGAAAUGGCUGCCACUUCCGCUGCUGUGGAGUCAGCAGCUGCCAGGAUAGAGGAAAUGCUCAACAAGUCUCGAGCGGUUGAUACGGGGAUCAAGAUGGAGGUCAACGAGAGGAUUUUGGCGUCCUGCACGGAGCUGAUGCAGACGAUCAAGGAGCUCAUUCUGUCUUCCAAAGAUCUGCAAAGGGACAUCGUGGAGGGCGGCAGGGGGGCAGCCUCCAUGAAGGAAUUCUAUGCCAAGAACUCCCGCUGGACUGAGGGCCUGAUCUCUGCCUCCAAAGCAGUGGGAUGGGGCGCCACGGUCAUGGUAGACGCAGCUGAUCUGGUGGUGCAGGGCAAAGGGAAGUUUGAGGAGUUGAUGGUGUGUUCACAUGAAAUCGCUGCCAGCACAGCACAGCUAGUGGCUGCCUCAAAGGUGAAAGCAGACAAAGACAGCGCCAAGCUGCACCGCCUGCAGCAAGCGUCCCGAGGCGUCACACAGGCCACUGCAGCUGUCGUGGCCUCCACCAAGUCUGGCAAGUCCCAGAUAGAAGAGACAGAUACGAUGGACUUCUCCAGCAUGACUCUCAUCCAGAUCAAACGGCAAGAGAUGGAUGCACAGGUCAUGGUCCUGGAGCUGGAGACGCGUCUGCAGAAGGAGAGAGAGCGUCUUGGCGAGCUGAGGAAGAAACAUUACGAGCUCGCCGGGGUAGCGGAGGGCUGGGACGAGGGAGAAGAGGGCACCGGUUGAGACCUGCCGCUGCUGUCGUCCCCCCUCGUCCUCCGCCAGAAGACUGGCUUCUGUCUGCCUCUCUCUAUUUAUAUACACACACACUUUUCGGUCUCUUUUCUCCCUCGUUUUUUCUUCUCUUCUUUUUGUUAUCUAAGCCAAAUUAAAAGGUGCUUCUUUUCUAAAAAAAAACACACACACACACACAAAAAUAACGCUUCUCCACCUCCGCCCGUGUCCGAAAAGCUUCCCAAAAAAGGACGGCACGGGGUGGAGGACUGGGAGGGGCUAUCAGAGGGUGGAACUAAUGGAUGUGAGGGAGCCGGAGUGGGGGAAGAAACGCAUCCUCCCCCCCCUCGCCUCCCCCAGGACUGUGAACUGGAUCCCUUCUAUUGAGUAUUUAUUGUCUUUUUUUUUUUUUUUCUUUUUCUCCCCCCGUUGUUUUCCUAAUAACGGCACUCCGUCGAGGAGCCCCAAGCGGAGACGCUACGAGCACAAGUUCUACUCGAGACAUCCCAGGAUGCACUGCACAAGGGCCGAGCUCUCAGUAGCGAGAGGGGAGAUGACCGUCUGGUGACUGUCUGCUCUGCUCCACCACAGCCCCCCACAAAACCAUGUCUCUGUGUGACAUAGAUGGCAUGCAUGCUCUCCUACUUAAAAAAAAAAAAAAAACGAGUCUGUUCCACGUCGUGAGCUUCUGAAGCUGCCGGAGGCCGAGCUGCUCUUUAUCUGUCUCUAUCUUCCUUCCUCCUCUUCUUCUCACUGUGAGUUAUCACCUUGUUAAGUCCACGCCGCUUCACCGGCUGGCUCGCUGGACUUUCUGCCUUUCACCUCUCCGCCAUUGUAACGACCUGUGACUGUUAACUCGAGCCGACCCUCCUCCUCCCCUUUUUUACGUACGUUUUUAUUUUGACAGAGGCUUGUGUGGAAACUCCUAAAACUGCUCCAGGAGUCGUGUCAGAAGAUGAAAGUUGUUUGGUUUUUUUUUCACCGCACUAACAGUCUCCACCUCCCCGUGAGCUCCGAGACAGCCAACUACCUCAUGCUACAUCAGUCAGAGGUAGCGGUGCAUCGUGGGUAGAUCUGAUGAGAGAGAAACACUAAGGGAACGGGGUCAUUUUUGUCUUUUGCCCUUUUUUUAUUUGGUUAAAACAAAGGUCGACCGAGAGGGAAACUUGUUUCUAAACAGAGGAAAAGCAACAACACUUUGGGGUCUGCUGAGGCCCUUUCCUUUAAUUCCGGCAGCAAACUUGUUAAAUAAAGUUUCUCACUGGUGCAUAUUUUUUACAAAUGUCAGUGGUCACCACAAGAAAUUUGUAACCGAAGCAGCAGCACGUGAUGAACUGCUGACAGCGUUGUUUCCCCACCACCCCCCACCCUGCUCAUUCCCUGCAGACAGAAGCAACAAAAAGAAGUCCUAAAAAAAGAUUUCUGAUCCAACUUUGAAUGUCAGUUUUUUUUUUUUGGUGAAGGCUGCACAAAAACUGUUUAUUCAUGAAACGUUUCAACUUUUACCUGGGUCCAUCAGAUGAUUUUGCCUCUUCUGAUGGCCGCUUACAGUUUUCUAAACACAGGCCCCCCCCGCAUCACAAGGACCACAGUGGACUUUUCCAUCGCCUCUUCAAGACCAAGUAGCUGUGUAUAUAAACUACAAGCCUUCCAUCGUUGGAAAUAAUCGUUUGCUUUCUUAAAAUCAAGAAAAAAAAGGCAUCUUUUUUUUUGCAUCUCUCCAAGUAAGGAUUCAGUUUAAUUGAAUUAGGGAUACAAAAUGGUGCAAACGAACACCACGCGUAACUAAUAUAAGUCAUUAUUUUUGAUCCAUAAGGGGUUGUUAUUUAACAGGACUUUCCUCCCGAGACUGAUGGACUGACUUUCAUCCUGUGGCCAGUGGACUCUGUGAGAGGACUGAUCAGGCCUUGAGAUGAGCUUGCUUCUUCUUUCUGUCUGACGAUGGCAGUGCUGAUCCUCCUGGAGUUCGUCUCUCUCUGUGUCUUAACACAACUUAGGUUUUUUUUUCGAUGCUCCGCUUCAGCUGUGUAUCUAAGAAGUUGUGACACUGGUUUAUUUAACAGAUGCUGGUCGGAUAAUGUUUUGCCAGUCAUUCUUUUAGAGAAGCAGAUGACAGAGAAUUAAAAGGGUUUUAUUCAUCAGGAUUUUGCUCCAAACCGCAAGUAUUAUCUGCAGUACCGCCGGGUCCAUUUCAUUAUGAAUUUGGCUGUAAAAGAAGGAUAAAUCUACUUUUUGUGCUAUUUCAAAGUGUCUUGAAAGAUGAAUUGAGCACACCUUGAGUGAUGUUUGGUUGUAUUUUUUUGCCCAGAUGUUCUUUAUUAUUAACCCCUCUGUCUCUUUGUCUCUGGUCUCUCUCGGGUCUGUGUCUGUAGUCCUACCAGCUCAGCCAGCCUUUCAAACUGCCUCACACUGUAGUCAAAGAGAAACAAAUACUCACAUAGCAACAUUGAAAUAUGUCUUUGUAUGAUAUACUAAAACUAUGUUGGUGGGUUUGUUUUUAUUUUUUCAGUUUUUAAAAUAAAUAUUUCAACUCGUUAAUACGGAC